AUCAGCCUCUCACUACUUAAGAGUUUAGAAAGUGGGGAGUAGGUCUCUAAAGCCUGUAUCAACAGGUUAGUUGUAGCCCAACUCAGCAUAUGGUGCUACUGACAAAGGUGGAACAAUGAGCUCUACAGAGUGUUUGAGGCUGUUCCUACUUUGUUUUUGGCUGCUGGUUGGUGAUGUAAAUUGUGAGAAUACCCAGAGAGGCUAUGUCCUACGUUUUCAAUCAGGACAUCCCCCAGCGGGAGUCCACAUUGACGAGAAGGACUACAAACAGAGUUCAUCCAUGUUGAAAAGCUCCACAGCUGGUUUUGAGAAAUCAGGUUUGGACAGAAGACAAAGCAGCCACAUUUAUGGCAAUCAAGAUGAUCACGCGACCUACUCCAAAUCCUCCCAAAUUCCAAGUCAUUAUUCUUACCCGGUGAUUCCUAAAACACAAAGGACUUUGGUGUACAUGUCUGAAAACAAAGCAGACACUUAUCCUGAUGCCAAGAAUAUUUAUCAAGGAAGCUCUGAUGCCGCAUUCCCCGCUGGUCCAAAUCGUUUUCAACCUCGUAACUAUCGUCCCAGAACGUCAACGGAUUAUUCACCUUUUCAAGAAGACAAAGUGCCAGUCGGUUUUAGACCCAGAAAUGCUAUUUAUUCAUAUAGUGGCACAGCACAACCAAAUCCUGAACCCAUUGGGUCUCAGCAGAGGUCUGAGUCUCGCAUCGAGCUCUCCAGAGCCAACGCACAUCCCCUACACCGACAGACGUCCUCUCAACGAGCCUGGCCUGUGGGGAGUACAUAUCAGUCGGCUGAAGUCAUCCCAAACAAAUUUAACCCUUUAAAACCCUUUGAUAAGACAACCGACUUCACCAUGAUGGGCAGCGGUUCAGCAAGAAAAGCGGACCCGCAAACAUCUUUUCUAGCAUGGAGUCCCAGGGUGUACACAAGUAAGGGGAUACCUGAAGCAAGAGGAUAUGCUCAUGUCCAACACUUGAGACCUGGCUUUAACAAGGCACAGUCCCAUCGCAGUUCUAGCCCCGAUUUGACAAAAGUGGGGUUUGCAUCCAGCGAAAGGCAGCCAAACGUUGAUUACGAUUCCAAAGAAAACCAGUAUGGCAGCUUUCGUCCUCGACCACCAGACAGGCCACCAGUCCCUGUCCAAGGCAAAUUCAAACCGUUUGAAAGGCUUCCUAUAAAUCUUCGUUCUAACACGCAUUCAUCAGACAAUGAGACCGCUCCCAACCAAACAUUUACAUCAACAGCCCUUCCUCCUAGUUUAAACUCUUCUGGUGUAGCUUCAACACCUGGUCACUCAGUCACUGGAGAGUUGAGCACAGAGUCUGCUUCACCCAUGAAGACAGAAGGCCAAGAUGCAGAGCUCCCAACGCCAGAGGGCCAGUCUGAAGUCUUGACAGAAGGCCAAGAUACAGAAGACCAAGAUGCAGAGCUCCUAACUCGAGCACCAACGACAGAGGGCCAGUCUGAAGAUUUUGCAGAAGAGGACUUGAUCUGAAAACUAACCACUUCCUCAGCAAUUGGCAGAUGGAGAACGAUGAUGUGUCAGGGUUGUCAAAGUUUUCUGGAAACCUGCUGCAGAACUUCACUUUAAGUUGAAGUAAGCUCAGCACACCUGUAACUUGUACCUGGUGCAAAAAUGUACAUCUAAGUUGUCAAACUCCUAGACUUUAGACCUGCUUGCAACUCUACAACUUAUCCAGAGAGGCUGCGAAUAAACGGCGUUUAAAAACACCCCA